AUGGAUAACGAGGCAACUGCUGUUAUUAAUAACGGUGAUAAUACUGAUACACAUUUACAACCUAAUAUAUCUACUGAUAAUGGUUCUCGACGUAGUUCACGUAUUGGUUCUGCUCGUUCAGGUCGUAGUAAAGCAGCAUCCGUACGUGAAGCAACUGCUAUUGAUGGUUCAAAUGAACGAAAACCAUCUGCAAAUGGUGUUACAUCUCCAAAACCAGAUAUAACUACCAAUGGUGAUCGACAACAUUCAGCUGUAGUUAGAUCUAAACCUGCAUCACCUGCAGUACCCAUAUUUGAUACACCUAGUGGUGAAUAUGAUGAUGAUAAUAUAAAUCAAGAAGAUGGUCAUGUUAAAUCAGAAAUUGAUUCUAUUCUCGAAUAUAUUCAUAAACUUGUCACACUUCCUGGUUUGGAAGAAAACAUGUGGACAGAUGAAAUUCAUGGACGAAUUCGUGAUUAUCUCAAUGAUCCAGACCAUCGUAUAAUGUGUUUUUAUAUUGAUCGUGUACUUGGACUUUCUGUUGAAUAUGGUGUACCAACAAAUCCAUUUUCACAUUUAGUGUUUUUUAUGAAAAAUCAAUCAAUACGUAUUUUUGAUAAAGAACAAUUUAUUCAUGAAGUUCAAUAUGGUAAUUUUGGUGGUAAACAUUUUUCAUCUCUUCUUCGUUUAAUGUCUGGUCUUUAUGCUCCAUUAUUUUUUGGUAAUAAAAUGUGGCCAGAUUCAAUAAAAAAUGAUUUUGCAUCACAAUUACAUCGUUUUCUUGCAACAUUAACUGAUAUUCGUUGGCGUAUGGAAGGUAUAACUAAAUUAUAUAUACCAAAAGAAGGCUUAGAUAUUCCAGUUGAACAAGCUGCAAAAGAUAAAGAAUUAGUUCAACGUUUAGAAUCAGCUAUGGUCCAUUGGUGUCGACAAUUAAAAGAUGUUUCACAUUCACAAGAUGCAUCUAUUGUUGAUGAAAAUAGUGGUCCAUUAGAAGAAAUUGAAUUUUGGAAAGCUCGUAGUCAAGAUUUAUUAGGUAUUAGUCAACAACUUGAUCAACAAUCCAUUAAACAAAUAACACAAAUAUUAAAAAUAGCUAAAUCAUCAUAUUUAUCACAAUUUCUUAAAUUAGCAGAUCAAUUACAAGCGAAUACAAAACGUGCUGAUAAUAAUUUAUCAUUUUUACUUGCUUUAAAAGAUCCAUGUCAUGAAUUAGCUGAUGCUAAGCCAAAUGAAAUAGCAAGAAUUUUGCCUAAAAUGAUAUCUUUAAUUCGUGUUAUUUGGAUUAAUUCAGAAUUUUAUAAUCGACCUGAAAUGUUAACUGCACUUUUUCGAAAACUUAGUAAUGAAGUUAUUCGUCGAUGUACAGCUGCAGUCGAUCUUGAUAAAAUUUUUGAUGGUAAUAUUAUAUCAAGUCAGAAAACAUUAAAUGAAUGUAUUGAAUGCUGUCAACAAUGGCAAGAAAUAUAUAAUAAUGCUCAAAGUCUUCAUGAAAAAUUUUCAUUAAAAGGUUGGCGUCUUGAUAAAACAACAAUUUUUGCUCAAAUUGAAGCAUUUAUUCAACGAUGUCGAGAUUUACUUGAUUUAUGUGAAUGUCAAAUGCAUUUUGCACGUUGGGAAGAAGGUGUUCGAACUGAAUUACCAAUAUUUGGUGGACAACGUGGUCCAUCAAUUAAUCGAAUGUUAACAGAAAUUGAAACAGCAUUUGAUAAAAAUUUACAAGAAUUAAGAAAAGUACAACAUACAAUUUUAAAUGUUAAAGCUACAACAUGGCAUGAAGAUUAUAAUCGUUUUCGAUCAGCUAUUAAAGAUCUUGAAGUUAUGAUGACAAACGUUAUUACAUAUGCAUUUGAUGCUGUUAAAACAGUUGAACAAGGUGUUGAAGUUCUUGAUGUUUUUACACAUUUAAAUUCAAGAGAAGCAAUCCGUCGUACAUUAGAUAGAAAAACUGUUGAUUUAUAUAAGAUUUUCAAAUAUGUACUUCAAACAAUUCAAUCAAUUAUUUCAACAUCAUCAAUUCCUCAAUCACUUGAUCGUUUUCAUCCUCAUUAUGCUGGUAGUGCAUUUUGGGCUCGAAAUUUAAAACGUCGUAUUGAACGUAUGAUGUCAUUUUUAAAUAUGGCACAUUUUUUGCCUCAUGUUGGUAUUUCAUCAGAAAUUCGACAACAAUAUGAAUAUGUUAAACAAGCAUUAGAUGAUUUUAUUCAACGACAAUUUAAAGAAUGGUCAUAUCAUAUUGAAAAUGAACCAACAAAAAAACUCGAAUGUCCAUUAAUUAAACGUGUUAAUGAUGAAGGUUAUUUACAAGCUAAUUUUGAUCCAUCUUUAAUAAAAUUAUUUCAAGAAAUUAAAUUUUGGGAACGUCUUGGUUUUGAUAUUCCACCAUAUGCAACAGAAAUUUUAUCACGAAAAAAUGAAUUACGUACAGCACGUGAAAAUGUUAUGUUAAUUGUACGUGAUUAUAAUCGUAUAUUAGAUAAAUUAGAACCCAAUGAACGUAUUCUAUUUAAAGAACGUAUUAAAAAUUUAGAUAAAAAACUAGCACCAGGUUUAAAUAAAAUAACAUGGCUUAAACCAACACAUGAAUAUACAAUUGAUUGUCGUAUACAUGCAUCAGAUUUACAACAACAAGUCGAUAAAUUUAAACAAUCUUAUCUUGAUUGUAUUAAAUUAUGUAAAAAAAUUAGUGAAACACUUUUAGUUAAAAUUGAUACAAGAAAAAUUUUUGAAAAUCUUGAAUUUGAAGAAUAUCAGAAACAACAUCGCAAAAUGGCAAGUGAAAAACUUCGUGAAUAUUUUAAUGAAAUUUUAAGUAGAAUUCAAGAAACUCAUAAAACAUUUGAACAUGAUUCACUUGAAGUUCAACAUGAAUGGGAUCGUAUUGUUAAGGAAUUAGAUAAAUGGCUUGAACGUGCUAUUAGAUAUAAUUUUAAAGCAUCACUUGCUGAAUUAUCUAAAGCUAUUAAUGGUGAUGGAAAAGCUGCACCAGGGCCUUUAUUUAAAAUUGAAAUUAUUCUCGAACCGAAAACAGUUGGUGAUACAACUUUAUCACGAAUCAAUUUUAAACCGGAUUUAGCUACAUUGAAAGCUAUUAUUAAUAAUAUUGGUGAACAUGAAUUAGCUGAUUCAAUUACAUUUCUUCAUAGACUUAAAUCAAGAUCGAAUGAAGAAUCACUUCAUAUGUUACUUAAUAAAGAUGAAGCUAAACAAAAUUUACAACAACAAAUAGCUGUUGGACUUGAUGCAAAUGAAAAACAUCUUGAUGAUUAUCAAACAACAUGGAAUGGUGUACGAGAAUUAUGGGAUGUUGAUAAAGAACGUUUUAUUGCACGUUAUGAAGAACGUUGCCCAGAUGCAUCAUUUUUUGAUGCUGAUAUUAAUCGUUAUACUGAAGUUGCUAAUAAUGUACAAUCACGUGAUACAUUUGCAACAGUACAAUUUGUACUUGUUGAUUGUUCUCCAUUGAAAAAUGCUUUAGUUGUUCAUUGUUUACAAUGGCAAGCAAAAUUAACUGCUCUUUUAUUGAAAUUAGCAACAAAUGGUUUAGAACAAUUAACACGUUAUAUCGAAGAGAAUAGUGUUAGUGUUAUGAUGACACCAGAAAAUCAUUAUGGACUCGAAGCUAAACAAAAAUUAUUAGAAACAUUACAACAAGACUUACCAGUUUAUGAAGGCAAAUUUGCACCUUUACAAGAACAAUUUGCUUUACUUGAAAAAUAUGAAAAACCUGUUCCGGCUACUACUCGUGAGAUGCUAGCACAAUUAGAUGAACGUUGGCAACAUUAUCUUCAAUGUUUAACUGACAGUGAAGAAAUGUUGAAAAAAUUACGUGAAAAAUUCAAAUCAAAAUUAUUACAACAAUCUGAAGAUUUUAAAAAGAGUGUUAGUGAACUUGUAUCAGAUUUUAAAACAAGUGGUCCAUUUACAUCAUCAACAACACCUGAAGAAGCACUUAAUCAAAUUGAAGCGAUGAAACAACGUUUAGCUAAAUUAAAAGAAGAAGAACAAGAACUUCGUCGUGGUCUUGGAAUAUUUCGUAUUGAUCAUCCAUUAUCAAAAGAUAUACAAAAUCUUGAAAAAGAUAUUGAAGCAUUAGAAGGUAUAUGGUCAAUGGCACUUGAUUGGAAUCAAAUGUUUGAUAAAUGGAAAUUAACAACAUUUGGAAAUCUUCAAACACAAGUUAUGGAAGAUUAUGCUCAAGCACAAUAUAAAAAAUUACAUAAAUUAUCAAAAGAUUUUCGUGAAAAAAAUUGGGAAAUUAUUGAUUCAACUAAAAGUCGUGUUGAUCAAUUUCGACGUACAAUGCCUUUAAUGAAAGAUUUACAUAAUAAAGAUAUGAGAGAUCGUCAUUGGAGACGUAUUAAAGAUGAAUCACAAAAAGAAUUUGAUGAAUCAUCAGAAGAUUUUACUUUAGAAGCUAUUAUUAAUAUGCAUUUUGAAGAAAAUGCACAAUUAAUUAAUGAAAUUAGUGAAGCAGCACAAAAAGAAGCACAAAUUGAACGUGGUAUUGAAAAAAUUAGAGAACAAUGGGAAAAAGUCGAAUUUGAAAUUACACCAUUUAAAGAUAAAGGUCAUUUUAAAAUCAAAUCAACUGAAGAAAUUAAUAAAACCAUUGAAGACCAUCAAAUAUCAUUAUCAACAUUUAAAGCAUCUCGUUUUAUUAAACCAUUUGCUAAAGAAGUUGAUAAAUGGGAACGUGAUAUAUCUCAUGUUCUUGAAGUAACUGAAUUAUGGUUAACUGUUCAACGACAAUGGUUAUAUCUUGAAAACAUUUUCUAUGGUGAAGAUAUUCGUCGUCAAUUAGCUAAAGAAACUGCUUUAUUUGAUGAAGUUAAUGAAAAAUGGAAAGCUGUUAUGACAACAUUAAAUCAAUCACCAAAUGCAUUUCAUGCAACACAUUUAGAAGGUGUUGAUAAAGAAUUACAAUAUAUGAAUUCUAAUCUUGAAGAAAUACAAAAAUCUCUUGAGAUGUAUUUAGAAAAUAAACGUCGACAAUUUCCAAGAUUUUAUUUUAUAUCAAAUGAUGAUUUACUUGAAAUCUUAGGUCAAUCAAAAAAUCCACCUGGUGUUAUGCCACAUAUGAAAAAAUUAUUUGAUAAUAUUAAAACAUUAACUUUAGUUAAAUCAACUACUAAUGGACCAAUGUCGGCAACAGAAAUGCGUUCAAAUGAAGAUGAAGUUGUUCCAUUUGAGGGUCAAGUUUUACUUGAUGGACAAGUUGAAAAAUGGUUACGUGAUGUUGAAAAUAAAAUGAAAGAAGUUGUUAAACGUAAAGUUUUUGCAUGUCGUCUUGAUUUAUCAAAUUGUGGUACAAAACGUGAAAAAUGGUUAAAAUCUCAUCCAGGUCAAGCAUGUAUAACAGCAAGUCAAAUACAAUGGACAGAAGAAGUACAAAAAUCUUUACGUGAUAAUGUAUUAAAAUUAAGAACAGAUAGAAAAAAACAACAUCUUGUUUUAAGAAAUUUUACUGAUAUGAUUAAAAAAAAUUUAACAAAACUUGAACGUAUUAAACUUGUUUCAUUAGUUACAAUUGAAAUUCAUGCAAGAGAUGUUAUUAAUGAUUUAAUUAAAAAUCAAAUUAAAACUGAAUCAUCAUUUGAAUGGCAACAACAAUUAAGAUUUUAUUGGAGAAAAGAUGAUAUUAUUAUUGAACAAGCUAUUGGAAGAUUUUGGUAUGGUUGUGAAUAUUUAGGAAAUUCUGGAAGAUUAGUUAUUACACCAUUAACUGAUAGAUGUUAUAUGACUUUAACUAUUGCUUUAUCAUUAUGUCGAGGCGGAUCACCAAAAGGACCUGCUGGUACUGGUAAAACUGAAACAGUUAAAGAUUUGGGCAAAGCUAUGGCAUUCUAUGUUAUUGUUACGAAUUGUUCAGAUGCCAUUGAUUAUAAAUCAAUGGGUCGUAUGUUUUGUGGUUAUUGUCAAACAGGUGCUUGGGGUUGUUUUGAUGAAUUUAAUCGAAUUAAUAUUGAAGUACUUUCUGUUGUUGCUCAACAAAUAACAUCAAUAUUAAAUGCAAUGACAACACUUAAAAGUGAAAUUGAAAAUGCUAUACGUGCUAAAACAAAUAUGUCCGAAGAAGAUGCAUUUGCAACAAUUGAUAAACGUUAUUUAAGUAAAAAAUUCACCUUUCAAGGACAAGAUAUUGAUCUUGUUUGGUCAUGUGGAUUAUUUAUUACUAUGAAUCCAGGUUAUGCUGGUCGUACUGAAUUACCAGACAACUUGAAAUCAAUGUUUCGUCCAAUAUCUAUGGUUGUUCCAGAUAGUAAUUAUAUUGCUGAAAUUAUUCUUUUUGGUGAAGGUUUCUCAGAUACACGUUUACUUGCAACAAAAGUUUAUACACUUUAUCAAUUAUGUGCACAACAAUUAUCAAAACAAGACUUUUACGACUUUGGUCUUCGUUCAAUGGCUGCUGUUCUGCGUUAUGCUGGUCGUAAAAAACGUGAUUCACCACAUUUAAAAGAUGAUCAAGUUGUUAUAUUAGCUAUGAAAGAUAUGAAUGUAGCUAAAAUGACUGAACCAGAUUUACCAUUAUUUAAUGGCAUUGUAUCAGAUUUAUUUCCUGAUAUUGAUACACCAACAAUUGAUUAUUCCAAAUUUAAAGCUGCUAUUGAAACUGAACUUGCUGCACAAUAUUUACAAAGUACAGUUCAUACAGUCACAAAAGUUAUACAAUUAUUUGAAACAAAAAAUUCUCGACAUUCUGUUGUACUUGUUGGUUGUACACAAUCAGGUAAAACAGCUAUAUGGCAAACAUUAAAACGUUCAAUGACAAGAAUAGCAACACAAGAUUCAUCAGAUUCAUUAUUUCAACGUGUACAAGAAUAUCCAAUUAAUGCUAAAUCAAUAUCAAUUAAUGAACUUUAUGGAGCAUCAGAUUUAGCAACUGGUGAAUGGAAUGAUGGUAUACUUUCAAAUAUAAUGCGAACGGCUUGUGCAGAUGAUAAAUCUGAUCAAAAAUGGAUUUUAUUUGAUUGUCCUAUUGAUGCUGUUUGGAUUGAAUCAAUGAAUUCCGUUAUGGAUGACAAUAAAAUUUUGACAUUAACUAAUGGUGAACGUAUUGCUAUGCCAGAACAAGUUACACUUCUUUUUGAAACUGGGGAUAUGGCUGUUGCAUCACCUGCUACAGUUUCACGUUGUGGUAUUGUCUUUUGUGAUUAUGAUAAUCUUUCUUGGCGUCCAUUUAUAACUAGUUGGAUAAAUCGAAAACCAAAAGAAUAUCAUGAACCAUUAACAUAUUUAACAAAUAAAUAUUUAAAACCUAUCAUACAAUUUAAACAACAAAAUUGCAAAGAAUUAAUUCCAAUAGCUGAAUUAAAUGGUGUACGUUCAUUUUCUUAUUUAUUUGAUUCAUUAGCAACAAAAGAAAAUGGUGUUGAUCCAGCUGAUGAAGAUAAUUUUUCACGUUUAACUGAAUUAUGGUUUUUAUUUUCAACAAUAUGGUCUGUUUGUGCAUCAGUUGAUGAAGAUAGUCGUAAAAAAAUAGAUGCAUUUGUUCGUGAAUUAGAAGGUACAAUACCAAAUAAAGAUAGUGUUUAUGAAUAUUAUGUUGAUCCUAAACAACGUGCAUGGUUAUCAUGGGAAGAUAAAUUACGUUCAGGUUGGAAAUUAAAUUCUGAUAUACCAUUCUAUAAAAUAAUUGUACCAACUGUUGAUACAAUACGUUAUAAAUAUCUUGUAUCAGCACUUAUUAAACAAGGACAUCCAUGUUUAUUAUGUGGUCCUGUUGGUACAGGUAAAACAUCAGUUGCACAUGCUGUUAUGUCAGAAUUAGAUGCAAGAGAAUAUUCAACAUUAAUUAUAAAUAUGAGUGCACAAACAUCAUCAAAUAUUGUACAAGAAAUUAUUGAAGCACGUGUUGAAAAACGUGUUAAAGGUGUUUAUGUACCAAUUGGUGGAAAGAAAUUAUUAAAUUUUAUGGAUGAUUUUAAUAUGCCAGCUAAAGAUGAAUAUGGUUCACAACCACCAUUAGAAUUAUUAAGAUUAUGGCUUGAUUUUGGAUUUUGGUAUGAUAGAAAAAAUCAAACGGUUAAAUAUAUUAAAGAUAUGUUAUUAUUAACUGGUAUGGGUCCACCUGGUGGUGGUCGAACAGUUAUUAGUCCACGAUUACAAAGUAGAUUUAAUUUAAUUAAUAUGACAUUUCCAUCAGCAACAGAAAUUCGUCGAAUAUUUGGUUCGAUGAUUUCUCAACGUUUAGCAGAUUUUGAUGAUGAAUUUAAAACAUUACCAGAUGCAUUAACAUCAGCAACAAUUGAAAUGUAUGAAACAAUUGUACAAAAAUUUUUACCAACACCAACAAAAAUUUAUUAUUUAUUUAAUUUACGAGAUAUUUCAAAGAUUUUCCAAGGUUUAUUACGUGCUGAUAGAAAAUUAAUUACAUCAAAACAGACAAUGAUUCGUUUAUGGAUUCAUGAAUGUUUUCGAGUUUUUGCUGAUCGACUUAAUGAUGAUAAAGAUCGUGAGCAAUUUAGUGCGAUUUUAAGUGAAAAAUUAGGUACUCAUAUGGAUGUAACAUUUCAUUCAAUAUGUCAAAAUCGAAUUCCACCAGCAUUCGGUGAUUUUGUUAAUCAAGAUGAAAUUUAUGAAGAUUUAUUGGAUUUUGAUAAAUUAAAAAUUCAUAUGGAAAAAGUUCUUAAAGAUUAUAAUGAAACACCAGGUACAGUUCCAAUGGAUUUAGUUCUAUUUCGUGAUGCUAUAUUACAUUUAACACGUAUUGUACGUGUUAUUCGACAACCACGAGGUAAUAUGCUUUUAAUUGGUAUUGGUGGAUCUGGAAGACAAUCAUUAGCUAAAUUAUCAUCAUUUAUAUGUAAUUAUGCUGUAUUUAAAAUUGAAAUUGCAAAAAAUUAUCGUCGAAAUGAAUUUCGUGAAGAUUUAAAACGUUUAUAUAAACAAGCAAGUGUAUCAAAUCGUGAAACAACAUUUAUAUUUGUUGAUACACAAGCUGUUGAAGAAACAUUUUUUGAAGAUAUUAAUAAUAUUUUAAGUUCAGGUGAAGUACCAAAUCUAUUUCGUACAGAUGAACUUGAAGAAAUUAAAACAUCAAUGGCAGCAGAAUUAAAAAAAGAAGGAAUUGAUGAAGAUAAUAAUCAAGAAGUUUAUGCAUUUUUACUUGAUCGUGUUAAAGCAAAUUUACAUAUGGUUGUUUGUAUGAGUCCUGUUGGAGAAGUUUUUCGAAAUCGUAUUCGUAUGUAUCCAUCAUUAGUUAAUUGUACAACAAUCGAUUUAUUUGCUGAUUGGCCACAAGAUGCUUUACUUGAAGUUGGUGAACGUUACCUCUCCCAAAUUGAAUUAGCUGGUGAUGAAAAGUUUCGUCCAUCCAUUGCUCAAAUAUUUGCUACAGUACAUAAUUCUGUUUAUCAAUGUUCAAUACAAAUGUGGAAUGAAAUGCGUCGACGAAAUUAUGUAACACCAAGUAAUUUUCUAGAAUUAACAACUGGUUAUAGAAAACUUUUGUAUGAAAAACGUAAAGAAUUAUGUGAUGCACGUGAUAAAUUAACAAAUGGUUUAGGCAAAAUCGAAGAAGCCAAAAUUCAAGUAACAGAAAUGUCAGUUGAACUUGAAAAGAAACGUGCUUUAGCUAAUGAAGCACAAAAGAAAUGUGAAGAAUCAUUAGGUGGUCUUGUUAAUGAACAACGUGAAGUUGAACAGAGUAAAGCAACAGUUGAAAAAUUAAAAGAACGUGUUAAAAUUGAUGAAGAAAAAGCAUCAACUAUUGCUCAAGCUGCUCAAGAAGAUUUAGCAGCUGCUAUGCCAGCACUUGAAGCAGCUAAUACAGCUUUACAAUCUUUAACUAAAAGUUCAAUUACAGAAGUUAAAAGUUAUGGACGACCACCAGUACCUGUUGAAAAAGCACUAGAAGCUGUUAUGAUUCUUAGAAGUUCGGAACCAACAUGGGCAGAAGCUAAACGACAAUUGGGUGAUACAACAUUUAUUAAUCAAUUAAUUGAUUUCGAUAAAGAUAAUAUUCCAGACAAAAUAAUUAUGAAAAUAGGAAAAUAUACAUCUGAUCCAUUAUUAUCACCACAAGAACUUUUGCGAGUAUCAGUUGCUGCUGCUGGUCUAUUUGCAUGGGUACGAGCUAUGGAAGAUUAUUCAAAAAUAUUCAAAACAGUCAAACCAAAACGAGAUCGUUAUGAAGCAGCUAUGGCUGAAUUAAAUGAAAAACGAGCACAAAUAGCCGAUGCUGAAAGACAAAUUCAAGAAGCACAAAAGCGUCUUGAUGAAUUACGAGCUAAUUAUGAAAAACAAAUGGCUGAAAAAGAACAAUUACGUCGUGAUUGUGAACAUAUGCAAAUGAUGCUUGAAAAAGCUUCUCGUCUUAUUAAUGGUUUAGCAAGUGAAAAAGUUCGUUGGGAAGCAACUGUAGCUGAUCUUGAACAACAAAUAAGUUAUGUUACUGGUGAUUGUUUAUUAGCUGCUGCUUUUCUUUCAUAUAUGGGUCCAUUUCUUUCACAAUAUCGUGAUCAUAUGAUGAAUGAAAUUUGGUUUAAAGAAAUCAAAAAAUUAUCUAUACCAUGUAAUCCAUCAUUUAAUUUUGCAAAUUUUCUAUCUAUACCAACACAAGUACGAGAUUGGAAUAUUCAAGGUUUACCAUCAGAUACAUUUUCAACUGAAAAUGGUGUUAUUGUUACACGUGGGACACGUUGGCCAUUGUAA